CCUGGUCCUCAGAGUGAGAUCCGUAUCUUCGUUGCACUUCCUUCCCUCAGCAAUGGCAGGAAUUUCCACUCUCUGGGUUCCUCUCCUCACCACACUGGCUGGUAUAGGGUCUCUCACCCUCGUUUCUACCGCCUACUCCACCAUCCGCUUCCUCACUCUCCAUCUCAUCACACCCUCGCAUCCUCUCCAAUCCUACAAGCGCGCCGAUCCCGAGCCAGCAUACGCCCUUAUCACUGGCUCCAGUGCAGGUAUCGGCUUUGGCAUCGCCCGCGCGCUCAUCCAGCAAGGCUUCAACAUCAUCCUCCUCGGGCACCUCGCUGGCGAACUAGCCUCAGCAAAAGAACAGCUCCAAACCCUCGUCCCUUCAGCCUCCAUCCAGAUCCUCGUCAUGGAUGCCAGGACAGCGAGCCCCGAAGAGAUGCAAGCUGCCGUGCAGUCCAUCGCGCAUCUGAACGUGUCGAUCCUCGUCAACAAUGUAGGCGGGAACCCCGUCACGCUGCCGCCUUUCCGCGUCCUGGGAAACUAUUCGAGUGGUGAUGUCGAUGCGGUUAUUAACCAGAAUGCAAGAUUUAUGGCGAGGCUCACUGCGAUGAUGCUCCCGAUUUUGAGCCGGAGGAAAGAAGAAGGGGGAAAGGGGGCGGAAAGGGGUGAAAGGAGUCUGAUCAUUAACUUGAGUUCGGCCGGCAGGAUUGGCCUCCCGUGGCUCGUCAUGUACGGCGCCACGAAAGCUUUUAACUGGGCUUUCAGCUGUGGGCUUUCGCGCGAGCUUUCAGUGGACCCGGGAACGAGGCAUAUUGAUUGUUUGGCGAUUCUUCCUGGGGAUGUAAAAAGUCAGGGGAAUUGUGAGGGCGUGAGUGCGAAUGAUCCGAGGUCGGAUGAGUUUGCGGAGCAGGUGGUGAGGAAGGUUGAUUGUGCGGUUGGGAGGGGCAUGAAGGAGUUGAGGCCGUGGAUGAUGCAUGGUGUUCAGGAUUGGGUGUUGGGUAUUUUGCCGGAGGGAGUGAAGAGUAAGGAGCUAAUUAAAGUAUUGGGGAAGAAGAAGGAUGCGUUUAAUGGAGCUUGGGAGAAGAGCAGAUAGAUUGUGGUGCUGUGGGAUAGACGGGGUGGGUGAAGUGUAGAUGGGAAUGAAGGAGGUACUCUAGUGAGAACAUGACGAAUGAAUGAGAUUGCGAAGAGAAGAGAAUGCUCGAUGAAAUGCUGGAGGUGAAGGAGAGAGUCGGCGCUCCUCGUUGGGAAUGAGCAGAGGUCAGUUCUGAGCGCCCCUUGACAGACUUGCUCCCUUCCCAACUUCCACCCAUUGACUAAGAAUGGUAAACCCAAUCUGAGUGGAAGAUUGGGUGAGUAGAUGAAUAACAGCUGUGGAUUGUUGUUGAUGGAAAAGCACGUGUGCCGUCCGCAGGACUAGCCCCUGCCGAGUUACCUUGCCUCCUUUGCUCCUGAGCA